AAGCUAAACAUCGUCAGCACCAAAUUUAACGCAAAUGUCGGCGAUGAGCUUGAAGGAGUGAAAUUGGAGCCGUUUUCGAAGAUUAUCGAGUAUUUUUCUGACUCUCUCGCCGACAAACAUAUAAAAAUUAUUGUACAGUUACCCGACAACAUAACAAGUCAAGAGGUAGAUCAACUAAGGAGGGAGCUAUCAACGCUGCAGAUGGAACACCAAAUGACUCUUAAACGGACUGCCUCAUCACUUGAAGGUAGCAGUAGCAAACGGCAGAAGAUUCAAGAGACUCAAGUGGAAAACGCACAAAAGAAGCUCAUAGACACCGUCUUAGCAAUGCCUGGUCCGUUGAGCGUAUCCUACCCUUCUAAAUUUCGCAAGUUUCAAGAAGAUAACUCUAUCAUUUUCUUAGGCCGACCUGCCAGUCGCAUUGGCCCCCCCGUCGUUCUCUACCAUAAAGUUUUCGGCGAAUUCGUUCAAAACUUCGAAAAUGAGGAACUGGCAAUAACCAGUGAUGUAGCAAAGAACACUAUGGGUGUAAUCGGUGCAGCACAAGAGAUCUAUAAUGUGGAAAAUGACCGCGUCAAUGCUAUGAACAGCUCCUUUCAGGAUAUCUUUGGACCCCUGAGUACCAUUAAUAAUGCCGAUAAGACCGAAGUCGAUGCGGCUUUGCAAACAGUAGCUGGCGGACUGAAUCAAGAAGCUGCACUGGCCAUUUUAGAAUACAAAAAUGAGAUUGGGACAGGUUCAAACGAUCCCACUAUACAAGGGAGCGUUGUCUACGCAAGAUACUGGUCUCAGAACCAGCAUGAAAGGAUUCGAAGACGCUGUUGCUGUCCGUCUUUCGUUAUCGGCAUCGCGGGGCCCUGGAUGUGCGUUCUCGGGGCUGUUUACCUUCGCGACAUGAUUUUAGUCGAACCACUCACUGAUUUCCUCUGUUUGACAUAUCGAUCACGGAACGACAAGCGGAUCCGACUGGUCGCCCGGCUGCUUGAGGCACUGAAACGUGGCUUCGAUACGCUUCGUGCCUACUACAAUUCUGUGAAGGAUAUCUCAGAGGACAAUGAAGCGCGGUUUUUCCCAUAUCUACAAUAUUUCGGACACAAGCACAAUGUCACACGGUUCCGCUAUAUCGACCUGUUAACGAAAGACCUUACAAGGCCGGUCUGGAUUGUGGAGACCGAGAAUGGUGAGAAGCUCGUCGUUAAAUAUGUGGAAAAAUAUCAUGAAAAUGCUCACAAAUCAUGUGCCAAGGAAGGACUGGCUCCAAAGCUGCUCUACGCAAGUCCAAGAAUGCCUGGAGGGCACAGACAGGUCGUUAUGGAGUAUGUCGACGCCAUUACGCUACACGAUACUAUAUCAGACAUUCGAGAUAAUAGAGAUGCAGCCGAGUCUGUUUAUUAUGAUGUAAAUUAUAUUAUCACCAAGGUGCUCCAUCCUCAGGAGCUCGUCUUCGCUGACCUCCGGAGUCCAAACAUUCUGGUUAUCAACCAGGACAAGAAGUUUCAUGGAAUGCUCGUCGAUUUCGAUUGGUGCGGAGUGAGGAAUAAGGACGCAUACCCAAUGGCGAUUAACAUGGAGCUCCUUUGGCCUGAAGGAGUAGAGCCCGGUGCUUUCCUUGCAAAGAAACACGACAAUGCCAUGCUUGAAAAGUUGAGGAAAGAACUGAUUCGGCCGUCUUUGGCGGAAGAACAUUGUGUGGUAUAA